CUUUCCUCUCUCAUCGAAACACUUCCCAUCUCUCGCGUUAUCUUUGUGUGUUCUUUUCAUUUUGCUUAAGAGAUGGUGGCGUCAGCUUUUCUCCCGGAGCUCUGGACGGAGAUCCUCAUUCCCGUCUGCGCGGUGGUCGGCAUCGCUUUCUCCCUCUUCCAGUGGUUCAUCGUCUCUCGCGUCAGAGUCUCCGCUUCUGACCAAGGCGCAUCGUCCUCUUCUUCAGGAGGUGCGAAGAAUGGCUACGGAGAUUCCCUUAUCGAGGAAGAGGAAGGUGUCAACGACCAGAGCGUCGUCGCCAAGUGCGCCGAGAUUCAGACAGCUAUCUCCGAAGGUGCAACUUCGUUCCUGUUCACGGAGUACAGAUACGUCGGCGUAUUCAUGGUCAUCUUCGCCGCUAUAAUCUUCGUCUUCCUCGGCUCCGUCGAAGGGUUCAGCACGGAGAACAAGCCUUGCACCUACGACGAGACCAAAACCUGCAAGCCCGCGUUAGCCACCGCGGCUUUCAGCACAAUCGCUUUCGUCCUCGGCGCGGUCACCUCCGUUCUCUCUGGUUUCCUCGGCAUGAAGAUCGCCACCUACGCCAACGCGAGAACCACCUUGGAAGCGAGGAAAGGCGUUGGAAAGGCCUUCAUCGUUGCCUUCAGGUCCGGCGCCGUGAUGGGGUUCCUUCUCGCCGCGAGUGGUCUCUUGGUGCUUUACGUUACCAUCAAUGUGUUCAAGAUCUAUUACGGUGAUGACUGGGAAGGUCUUUUCGAGGCGAUUACUGGUUACGGUCUUGGUGGUUCUUCCAUGGCUCUCUUUGGACGUGUUGGUGGUGGGAUCUACACUAAGGCGGCUGAUGUCGGUGCUGAUCUCGUCGGUAAAAUUGAGAGGAAUAUUCCGGAAGAUGAUCCAAGGAACCCAGCUGUCAUUGCUGAUAAUGUGGGUGACAACGUUGGUGACAUUGCUGGUAUGGGAUCUGAUCUCUUUGGAUCAUACGCUGAAGCAUCGUGUGCUGCUCUCGUUGUUGCUUCCAUCUCUUCCUUUGGAAUCAACCAUGACUUCACCGCCAUGUGUUACCCGUUGCUCGUCAGCUCGAUGGGUAUCUUGGUCUGUUUGAUCACGACUCUAUUCGCCACCGACUUCUUCGAGAUCAAGGCUGUUAAGGAGAUUGAGCCGGCGUUGAAGAACCAGCUCAUCAUCUCGACUGUUAUCAUGACUGUUGGUAUUGCUGUUGUGUCAUACGUCGGCUUGCCUACUUCAUUCACCAUCUUCAACUUUGGAACACAGAAAGUCGUUCAGAACUGGCAGCUGUUCUUGUGUGUUUGUGUUGGUCUUUGGGCUGGACUCAUCAUUGGUUUCGUCACUGAGUACUACACUAGCAACGCCUACAGCCCUGUGCAGGAUGUUGCAGAUUCAUGCAGAACUGGUGCAGCCACCAAUGUUAUAUUCGGACUGGCUCUUGGUUACAAAUCCGUCAUUAUUCCGAUCUUUGCGAUCGCCGUCAGUAUAUUCGUCAGCUUCAGCUUUGCUGCUAUGUAUGGUGUUGCUGUUGCUGCUCUUGGGAUGCUCAGUACCAUCGCCACCGGUUUGGCGAUCGAUGCUUACGGUCCCAUCAGUGACAACGCUGGUGGUAUUGCUGAAAUGGCUGGGAUGAGCCACCGUAUCCGUGAGAGAACCGACGCUCUUGAUGCAGCUGGAAACACCACUGCCGCUAUUGGAAAAGGGUUUGCUAUCGGCUCUGCAGCGUUGGUCUCCUUGGCUCUGUUCGGUGCCUUUGUGAGCCGUGCGGGAGUCCACACCGUAGAUGUUUUGACACCUAAGGUUAUCAUUGGGCUGCUUGUUGGUGCCAUGCUUCCUUACUGGUUCUCGGCCAUGACGAUGAAGAGUGUGGGAAGUGCAGCUCUUAAGAUGGUUGAAGAAGUUCGUAGGCAGUUCAACACCAUCCCUGGACUCAUGGAAGGUACCGCGAAACCUGACUACGCAACAUGCGUCAAGAUCUCCACCGAUGCUUCCAUCAAGGAGAUGAUUCCUCCGGGUUGCCUUGUCAUGCUCACUCCUCUCAUUGUUGGUUUCUUCUUUGGUGUUGAGACUCUCUCUGGUGUUCUCGCCGGCUCUCUUGUUUCCGGUGUCCAGAUUGCUAUCUCUGCGUCUAACACUGGUGGUGCCUGGGACAACGCCAAGAAAUACAUCGAGGCUGGUGUAUCAGAGCACGCAAAGAGUCUUGGACCAAAGGGUUCAGAGCCACACAAGGCAGCUGUUAUUGGAGACACUAUUGGAGACCCGUUGAAGGAUACUUCAGGACCUUCGUUGAACAUCCUGAUCAAGCUCAUGGCUGUUGAGUCUCUCGUCUUUGCUCCCUUCUUUGCCACUCACGGUGGCAUCCUUUUCAAGUACCUCUAAACUCAACCCUGAGUGAAGAAGAAAGAUGAUGAUGAAGAUGGUUACAAUGCCUCUUUUUACCAUUCUUGUUUUCAUUUUGCGUAGGUGGUUUUAAAACAUUUAGUUUGGACUCAUUCCAAAGAGCCAAACCGAAAGAUGUUUCUCUCUCUUUUUGUGCUGUCUAGAUUUUAGAAAUCCACCAAGUACUUUGAGUUAUGUUUUGGUCUUCUUCGAGACGAAUGAGGUUUAAGUAUCAGUCUUUUGUCGGCA